CGCUCUCACUCACACAUACACACACGCACACACAUACACACACACAUGCACACAUACACACCAUUGUGGGAGAGAGAAGGCACGUCAUCUACCCAUAAAUUUGUGAUUAUAGAGCCUCCGGUCGCCUGUUGGUUCUAAUUGACUGGAUUUACUCAACAGCAAAAAGCAGGUACGGAAGAAAGGGGCUCUAUACUGGAACAGAAUGCAGCAAAACCAGUCUCGGCAAAGGCAACGAGGAAUAAGCGACACAGGGAAUGCCAACAGCAACACGCUUUCCAGCAUAAAGGAUAUCCAGGCAAAAACACUUCAGUUCAAGGGCUCUUCCCCAUCUGUUGGCCACAACAUACUGGAAUUCCUUUAGAUUGUCAUCACUGUAUGUUAUUGGUACUCCUCUUCAGCAUAUUCAUUUGGAUUUUAUCUCAUACUCAUUCGGACGACUGCUUAUCAUUAGAUAAUGAACAAAGAUCCAGGUGCUCAAAGGAAGGAACAUGUAGGACACAGGACCCAAUCUUAGCUGUCCCAAAGGAUUAUCGUUUGGAUUUGUACUUAUUUUCCAUAUUCUUGGGAUUUACUGGUGUACACAGUAUGGAUGGGAGAGAAUUUGCACCCCCACCACAUCUAUUGCCAGACAGGAGUUCUUUGGCCCACAGGUCUGCUGCUCGCAUCACAUCAGCUACUCACAGCUCAGUGCAACAUUCUGGACAUUUCCAGCCAGGAAAAUACUUUCCACCUCCAAUCCCCAUGGCUCCGCAAGCAGGCAGUGGAUUGAUGGGAAAUUCAUCACCGUCUUUCAUGGGAAGCUUUCUGGCUAGCAGUCUGGGGUCAGCAUCUACACAUCCUGCAGGGUCAACAUCCUCUCCAUCAGAGCCUACUUUCCGAAGUCCCCACUCCGGUACCUCCCAGAUUUGGUUUCCCCACUCUCACGAAGCCACAGGGUAUCCCAGAUUUUCCGGAAGUCUUGCCUCCACCUUCCUUCCAAUUAGCCACCUGGAUCACCAUGGCAACAACAGUGUGCUUUAUGGGCAGCACCGCUUCUAUGAAACUCAGAAAGAUAACUUCUAUCUUCGCAGUUUGCCAUCACAGUCAACCCUGCUGUCAGCCAACCACAAUUUUCCAAGUAUUGCUCGUGCAGCACCAGGACACCCAAUUGGUUCAUGCAGCAGAGAUCGUGAAGCCAGUCUCCUACAAAAGAACAUCAAGGAAUCAGAGAAAUUUUUAGCUUCUAAGGAGAGUAGCCGAGAGAAAACUGGCAAAGCAGAUCACAAGGACAGGCAUGCAGAGGAAGAAAUGAAAGAACGGCAUAAAGUUGUCCACCCAAUGACAGCAGAAAUGCAGUGUAUAGAGGAGAUACAUCAGAGAAGUCCAUGUGAAAAUAAGACCAAGCAUCUCAACUCUUGUUUAAUGAACUCCAAGAUUGUAAAUGGAGAAGCAAAUAAAACUUUGCUUUCAAGUUGCACUGGUGGGGUGUUGCCCAGACAUAGCAGUAAUGUAGGUCAGAGCAGGUGUGCCAAAGAUGCAGCAAGGUCUGAACGUGACUAUAUUCAUAACAGCUCUGGACAGUUACAGAGUGAAUGCUUGGAUAACCGUCAGAUGUUACACCAUUGUGUUUCUUACUCAGUCCCUUCAUCCCUGCCAAAUAUUCCUCCUCCACUGAACACCACUCCAGGAACAUUCCCCUGCCUACAGUUUCAUUCCAACACAGAUCUUUUGUGUAGUGCACAAGACAAAGCUACAAGGGAACUAAAGAUCACUGGGCCUACACUUGUGCCUUCUGUAGGGUAUAUUGGUGACAAAAGUCGGCCUUUUCAGGUAUCUGUAGAGAGCUGUAGGGGGGAGAGAAGUGAUGUCAGGGAAAGGGUGCAUGAGAAGUACACAGAACAAACUAGUUCUUAUGGAACUCCAAAUAUAUAUUCUCAUUUGAAGCAAGAUGGGAGGGGAGACAGGGGAUCAGAGUGGUCUUUGAAUUUGUCAACAAGAUAUAAAAGCAUGGAGUGCCUGGGGAGUGCCAGCUCUGACCUGCUUUCAUCUACAGCACAUCAGGUGGCCAAAGGGUCUUCAGGGAAAGGUAGCACUUAUGAAAUUUCUCAGUCUCAAGACUGCUCCCGGUCCAGUCAAGAAAUUUUAUGUGGUAAAAUAAAUCAGUCCUGUUGCACUUUAGAUAAGGUAUGUAAAGACUCCCAGGUUCUGAAUUCUCAAAGAGUUGCUAGGAUACGUCAUCAACAGCAUAGGCCUCCUGAAGGGGAGCAAACAGGGAGUUGUUUAGAUAGCAAAAGGAAGUCAACAGAAUUAAGUUCUUUGGGCUACACUGGACCUCAGUUACCUCCUUGGACUGUACAGGGGCAGGGACCUCCACUUUCAGUAUGUGAAGAAAGGAAAGGUCCCUGCCUUGAUCCCUUCAGUACAAGCUUACAGCAAGCGGCCUUAGUGCCUCAAGGCUCUGUUCUGAGCCAGGAAAUUCAGACCCCAAGUGAUGAAGUCUCAGCUAUGAAGAAUUUACUUAAGUACAGCAACCAAGCACUUAUCGGUGGACAGAAGGCACCCUCUGUUAGCCUAGGGAAUUCAAAAGCCAGUUGUGCACAUCAGGAGAUGAAAUACCAUAACGGGAAAGGGCCUCAAGAGCUAGACCGACCAGACUGUGCCAAAAGUAAGGAAAAUGAGUCAUCUCUGGGAGACGGUGAGGUACGUCAACCACCUGUUGGUAUUGCAGUGGCAGUUGCGAGGCAAAAAGACACCCGUCCUGAGCUGCCAUAUGGUGCAAACUCAAAUCGGCAAGGUCGUGUACAUCCUGGCCUGAAAGGUUCACGUUCUCUUUAUUGUACAACAGGGUCGUCUCGUUCCAUGCAUGUGAUUGACCUAGAGGCUGAAGAGGAAAGAAACCGCCUAUGUGAGGAAAGAUUAGGACUUGCAGGCAGAGAGCUACUGCUCCGGGAGAAUAAAGACAUAGUGGAAUUUGCACGAAUCCAUCCAUCCAGUGGCUGUCCUGGUGAUCUGGCUUCACACCUCAUGGUAGGAGGUAGCUCUUCUUUACAGUCUAGUCAGCUGAGUACUGACCCAACAACACAUGCCCACCCAGCCCAUCCUCAUUGGUUGCCAAGAACAGGGAGUCCAUCUCUUUGGAUGAGCGGACACUCUUAUGGCAUUGGCCAUUCAGCUGUGCACCAAUCCCUGCCACCUGGCUUCUCUACAACAAUGGCUAGUGCAGUCCAGCCAGUCUUCCCGCUAUCCCAGGAUCCAUCUGCGCAACUUGUCAUCCUGCCCACGGAGCCUCCACCCUCGCACUCCACACCACAUCCUCUUGCUGAUGUGAUGGAUCAGGCUUCUCUUUGGCCACCUAUGUAUCCACCUCGUGGACCUGCCUCUCACAUCCAGCACCCAGGUCAGCUCCCUGUAUAUUCUCGCUCACAGUUUCUACGGCAACAAGAACUGUAUGCCUUGCAGCAGCAACAGCAAAGAGCAGCACAAGCACUGGAACUUCAAAGGCACUCCCAGCUUCAGCGGAAAUCAGAAGAACAUCAGGCAGAAUUUGAAGAACCCACCUCUGAUCGAACUGUCAAAUUGUCCAACAAGGCAGUAGCCUUCAACUCUUCAAAGAGCUUGCCAUCAACAGCAGUGCUGUCGCCCAGUGCAUGUAUUGCCAAACUGUCACCAUGCUACCAUUCACCUGCUGUCAGGCAGUCAUCCAAAUGCUCCACCCCUCAACCUGCCACACCAUGCACUUUACCCAUUUGUCCAUCUGCCAGUCCAGUAGUGACCCCGAAGUCCCCAGCCCUUAGCCCAGUGCCGUCCCACAGUUCCAAACGGAAAGAAUCAGAGGAGAAGAGGGUCGAGGGUCAGCCACCUCAGGAUUUUCCCAAAUCUCUCGAACCAGAUUUGCCUCCUGGUUACACCUACCCUGCUGCUGGGAUGGGAUACAAGGCUCCUUCUCCUGAUGUCAUGCACUCAGCUGACCCAGCAGAUCCUGAAACUUUGCAGGCAAUUUCUUCAGCUGCAGAACCAGAACAGUCUCGGACUUUCUCCCCUCUGGAGAAGGCUGAUUGUGAAGCCCAAUCUUCAGGGACUUUGGAGGAGGAGGCUAAAGAAGACGAAGAGACAAAGGAAGAGGAAGAAGAAGCAGUGUUGAGUAGAAAUUACUUUGUAGGUAGCAGUGAGACUUCCCAGGUGGAAAGUCCAAGUAGUCACCUUUUAACUACAGAGAAGCAGUUCCUAGAAAGUACUUACCCACAACAGCAGGAGUUGGACAGUUUAACAGAAAGGAUUGAUGAGCACAUUUCUGACUUGAUUGAAAACAAAGAAGACGACUUGGAAUGUUUGAGGCACUCCGAUUUUGCUCAGGGAGAUAUUACUGAAAAUGGAACUGUGGAGGAGAGGAAACAGGAGGAAGAUGUCAUACUAAGGACGCAGUCAUCUGAGAUCCUUAACAGUGAGGUACUGGAGAACUCACAGGAACUCAGUUCAAAUAGUCUUGGAUUUGAUGGUAAAUCUGAGGCUGAAAAAGACCACCUUAUGAGUAUAGAUGAAAAUGACAGGGUUAUGUUCAAUACCUCAGAAACAAACAGUGGGUCCAAUUGGGUGUGGGACAACACAAACAGUUUGGAUAUGCUUAUAUCCGCUAGUAUACAUUUGGGAGAUCUGCCUUUUUCUCAUCAGGCAACUGUAUGUUCUUCACUGGCGCACAUUAUACCAGUGAGCUCAACCUUUGGCCCUAGCUCAGGGAUUCAUGGAAUCGCUCUCUUAAGUGAGCUGGCAGAACUGGACCAUCAACAGCAUAGGCGUGAACAAAACAGUGAAGCUGAAGAAGAAGCCAACUUGCACCUUGAUCUGCAGAAUCUAGCAACAGUUGCAGCAGCCUUGUCCUUGAUUGAGGCAGCCAGCCAGACUGUGGCUCCACCUACUGAUACCACAGCAGCCAAGCCCAGGAUACGAAUACAAAGAAAAUAUAACUGGACCUCCAAAACAAAACCAGUGUGCCCCUUGAAAGCUGCUGUUGACUGGAUAGAUACACAGGAAGUAGAAAUGAGGAUGAAGCUGGCAGAUUUGCAGAGGCUGUACAAGGAAAAGCAGCGAGAACUUGCUAAACUGCAAAGGAGACAUGAUCACGAACGAGAUAAACACUCCCGUAGCCUUGCAAGGCGUGGACCUGGAAGGCCAAGAAAGCGCAAGUACAUCUCCAGUGGACUCUCUUCCCUUAGGCAGAUUAAUCAACUGCGGAAACAUGACAGCAAGAAAGCACAAAACAGACCCAAGAAGGCUGGCUUCACUUUCCUGCGCAAUGAACUUCAGAAUGAUGGUCAACCUAAGAAGAAAAAGCCACGAGUGUCUGAAGAGGAUUAUGGUAGUUCAGAGCUUAAAGCAAGGUGUCGGAACAACAGCUCUCAAAACAAACUGGUCUCUAAGUUGGCAAAAAAGGUCUCCCAGCUGAAAGAAAAAGUCAAAGACAAACCUGUCCCUUCAAAUAUCAGUCCAUUCAGAAGGAAACUGGAGAACAAAAGCAAAAAGACUGAAAAGAGACUUGGAGGAGGAAAAUGCUCGGACACCAUGCUGAAACACCUGCUGGAUUCUGACAUUCAAGAUAUGAUGCAUUCAAAAUCAACUCCUGCAAUUGUUGAUCCUGCUUCAAAAACAGAUUCCUCUACACAGGAAGCCUUAUCAGGCAGCAAGCUGAUGUUAACACAAAACAAAACUGGGAAAAAAGUGGUUUCCUCUCCUAAAAAAGCCAGUGAUUUUGAAGAACAAAGAAAGGUCUCCAGGGUGAAAGGGCAGAGGGCAGAAGGCAGGAAGCUGAAGAAGGAAGUACUUUCUGAAAAGGAACUGUCAUCUCCCAAGAGUGACUCCACUGAGCAGGAAGAAUUCACAACAACCAACACAGAGAAAGAAGGAAAGCAUCUUGCAGGGCAUGGAGCCCACUCAGACAUUAAUGUGGAUAAAAAUGAGAGACUGCCGUUAGUGAAAAAGAAUGGAGUAAAAGUAAAUGAAACCAAGAAAAAGCUGAAAGGUUUUAAGGUGAAGGCAAAGGUUCAUCAGAAACUACAGUCUGAUUUGGCUUCUCCUCUUCCCACUGAUAGCCUGUUUCUUCAUGAUAUAGCACAUCACACAGCAAAAGAAUUACGGGAAAAGGUUUCUAACAAUCGAAUGAAAAGUGUCAACAGGAGAAGCAAAGUCUUGCAGUCGGCCUUUAAGAAGAGAAGUGGAACUCUCAGCCUGGGUUUAUCCACAAGGAGCAGCAAAGCUAUCCUCACCAAAGGGAAGAAGCUGUGCAAGCUGAAGAAUAAACUGACCUUGAAACAGUCAAAGGGUCGAGCUGUCAGCAAGCUGCUUGAGAGUUUUGCAGCAGAAGAUGACUUUGAUGAUGACAGCAGUUUUUCAGAAGAUGAGGAAGAUAGUAUUACUGCAAGUUUUGCUAUAGAAGGAGCAAGGGCACAUGUGCAAUCUUGUUCAGUUAGGAAGGAGGAUCUUACAGAUGGGUUACGUAUUCUGAUCCCCAAAGAGGACAAUCUUCUCUAUGCUGCUUAUGUAAAAACACUUCAGCCCCCUGACAUCUAUGGUGUUGUAAUUGAAGGUGAAAGAGGAAACCGCCAAAGAAUCUAUUCUCUGGAGCAACUUUUGCAGGAAGCAGUUCAUGAUGUCAGACCCCAGUCCCCUAAGGAUCUCCCAACUGGAACACGAGUUUGUGCAUAUUGGAGUUCAAAGUCUCGCUGUUUGUAUCCUGGCACAGUUCUAAAAGGCAGUUCCAGUGAUGACGACAAGUCGGCAGACUCUGUGUUUGUGGAGUUCGAUGAUGGAGACACAGGAAGGAUUGUUCUCUCAAAUAUUCGUUGCCUCCCAAAGGACUAUCAGAUACAGUGCACAGAACCUUCCCCUGCUCUGCUGAUAUCCAGUGAAAAUCGUCGGGCCAGAAAGUUGUCCCAAGAGUCAACUAUUCCUAAGGAAACAACUACAGAUCUGUGUUCUGAUGAGAAACCAUCUUUGGAACAUAACAAGAGCUCUGGGAAGAAGGCCUCCAGCAAAAUAAAACAUGAUAAAGCUGAAGAUUCAUGCUCAGAUGACAAGAUCCUUACAGCUGGAGAUCGUUUCCUAGAAAGACACACAAACACAGUUCUAAGCUGGUCUAAUGCUUCUCAAAGCAAAAAGAAGAAUACAAGUAAAAAUACUACUGCUGUGCAGAAUCUCUUCCAGCUAAAUGGUAAUGCAAAAAAGAUCAAGGUCAAGGAAGCCAAGGAAGCCAUGUUUCCAAUGCAGAAUGCUCCUGUCUUCAGCAACAGUUUUAGGGUUGAUUCAUUCAGUAGUAUAGCCAGUACCUACAGAACAUUUGGAAGUAGUUGUAGUCUUAUGCAACCACAGAAAUCUGUCAAGGCUAAGAAAGACAAAAUAAUUCCAAGCUUUUCAAAGGGGCUGAAAAAGAAAGCAGGAAACGAGUUCCUUAUCAAGUUGGACCAUGAAGGAGUCAUGUCACCAAAGACAAAAAAUGGGAAAGCCUUGCUGUUGAGUGGAAAGGACUUUGGAUUGAAGGUCAAUAGCUCUUUACGAAGUCUUGGGUAUUCCCAUCCAGCUUUAAUCACCAAGGACAAAAAGGGACGACCGGGCCUUCAAAAUCUUCCUGUGAGUUUAGGAAUAGAAAAAUAUGGUAGCCAGGCAGAGUAUGGACUAAAUUGUGACAGUGACUGCCAUAGUUCUUAUUCUGACAUGGACGAAGAUGAAGUGAAUGAAGAUAACUUAAGAGGUAAUGUCUCCUCCAGUUUCAUGUCAAGACUUUCAGUUUCAUCUUCAUCAUCAGGGAGUUCAACAUCAUCAACAUCUGGUUCAGUAUCCACAUCUAGCUUAUGUUCGUCAGAAAAUGAGGAUUCCUCAUACAGUUCUGAUGAAGAGGACUCCACUCUUUUGCUGCAGACCUGUCUUACCCAUCCAGUCCCUGCACUGCUUGCACAGACUGAGGCAUUAAGAACCAAGAACAAUGUUCCUCAGCGAUGUUUCAUUGCAAAAGCUAUGGCUGUGGCCAACAAGGCAAAGCUGAAGCGAAAAGAAAGCCUGAGUCUUUCCAAAGCCAAAGAGAUGACCAAAAGGCAGCGGCUGCCAUCUGUAGAAAAUCGGCCAAAAAUUUCUGCAUUUUUACCAGCAAGACAGUUGUGGAAAUGGUCUGGAAAUCCAACUCAGAGGAGAGGGAUGAAGGGAAAAGCCAGGAAACUUUUUUAUAAGGCAGUUAUUAGAGGAAAGGAGAUCCUUCGCAUUGGAGACUGUGCUGUGUUCCUGUCAGCUGGGCGACCGAAUUUGCCAUACAUUGGUCGUAUUGAGAGUUUGUGGGAAUCCUGGGGUAGUAACAUGGUAGUAAAAGUGAAGUGGUUCUAUCAUCCAGAGGAAACCAAACUUGGUGAACGGCACAAUGAUGGGAAGAAUGCAUUGUACCAGUCUAGUCAUGAAGAUGAGAAUGAUGUACAGACUAUAUCACAUAAGUGCCAGGUGGUCAGCAAGGAGCAGUAUGAACUAAUGACUCAAAACAGAAAACACCAAGAUAACCAAGAUCUUUACUAUCUAGCUGGGACCUAUGACCCUACCACCGGUCGACUAUUGAGGGCUGAUGGAGUAUCUAUUAUUUGUUAAUGAACACUAACAAUUCAAACAUCUGCUGUAACUUGAGCAAAUCUGGGCAGUCUGGAUACACUACAAGCUCAUGACUGUGAAGCUUGUAAUGAGUCUGAAAAGGUAAACCGCGAACUUAUAGAACUGUUUGAACUACAGAUUGGGAACUAACAAUGACAGUGCAGCUCAUGUUUGCUAAAAAUUGCUUCUCAACUGCAAAAGAGGACUAAGGCCUUGUAUAGAUAAGAACUGUAAUAUCCCAGUCAUUCGAAUGAAUCUGCUCUCUCAAAGUGGAGAAAAUCUUUUUGGCCUAAGUGUAUCAACAGCACCACCCCACCUCCACUUGCACAACUGCACAUGUACUUAGACCUUGCACAUCCUGCUUUUGAUGUAUAGAUGAUGGAAAACAGGUUGUGUUUUGAGUUUGAACUUGAUUCCUGCACUACUGCUUUUAAUUUUUUUUAGAGCUUCACCUUUUUGGCAUUCUCAGCAGGCCUACCAAUGCACCCCACUCCUAAUUUCCGUACCUCUACAGAUUACCUUGCAGCAUGUACAGGUAAAGACACACACACACACACACACACACACACACACACACACACACACACACACACACACACACACACACACACACAAGCCAUAAUCGCCCUGGUACCUCUGUCUGCUUUAGGAGAUGUAAAGCAGAAUCAGGUAUAUAAUGUUUAUUCUUUUAUGUAAAUAUUGUAUUUCUUGGAAGUUUUUAAAAUGAAAAAUACAGAAUCAUUUUUCUACUGCACUGUGCUCCCUCUGCGCAUCCGAGGAUAUGAGGUUUGUGUAAAUAGACAAGGAACAGAGAUUUGUUUAAACAGUUCUUAACUGAGGUGCUUUUGUUAAACAAAAGAAAAAACUGCUAACCUCUUAUCAGACUGUGUAUUAUGUAAAAAUGAUGCACUGUGGGGGGGGGGGGGUCUUUGUUUAUUUUGUCUUCUCUUCCUAUAUUUUGGCUUAUCAUUGUGCUGCCACAGGAGGGGGAGGGGACACAUAUACACACCAAGAUCAAAGAUUUUGGAAAUGCCAGCCAUAUUUACUUUACCUCUAUUUUUUUAAUCUUAGUUGAAAUAGGUCACAGCUUUUUGUUAACUUUUUGUUUUUAAGUAGUCAUUGUUUGGAAUGGCUGUUUGUUAAUGAAAGAGUGUUCUUUGUGAGCAAAUAUAAAUAUGGCUCCCUUUUGGUUGGGCCAAAGACUGAAUCUGUAAAUUAAGGGGGGUGGGGUGCACAGUGUUAACAGUUCAGAUAAUGUCAGAUGCAAACAUAAUAUGUUUUUCAUGGAACCUUAAAGUGUUAUCAUCUUAUUUCUAAAGGUAUGCACAUUAAAAUAAGUCAUCAUUCCUAGGCAUAAAAUUUGUCAUAGUCUACACUGAAGUAAAGUAAUCGUUGAUAGGCUUACAGUUCAUUAUAUUCUAAGCUAAGACUGCAACAGUCUUUCGUAUUCCUAGAUCAGUUCUUCUACUACUAAGGAGUUUAAAUGGAUGUCAGUUCUUAAAAUGAAAGGCACAGAUGUACUUUAUAUCCAUAUAAUGUUAGUCACUCCCUAACAUUUAAAAUCCUGACACUAAAAGUUUUUCCAACAAAACCUGGCAAUAUUUGCAGUUGGUUGUUUUAUGUGCAAAAGAAGGGGUCUGCUAGAAGGUGUGCAUGUGUACAUCUGCACUGGACAUCAGACAUAUAAGGUAAUUCGCAAUAAACAUGAAGUUGUACUGUAAUUUAUACUGCUUUUAAGUUAUUCAGCUACUUCCUGUGAUGAGCAACCUUUCCUCGUGUUCUAAUCCUGUGCUGUGCAUCUUGACAUAUAGUAUACAUUACACAUAUUGAGUUGAGCCUAAAAAGUUUUACCAUUUUACCUUUUCAGAGUUUUUACAGUGAUUAUAUCUUUAAAAAUUAACAGUAUUGUAUAUUUAUAUGGGUUUGUAUCAGACGUUAAAAAAACAACACACAACACACCAAAGUACACUAAACAUAAACACUUCAUUUCACUUGUUUGCCAAGAUUACACUGCUGAAAGCAGUUUUCAGAUGCAGCCCAGAACCACUUUGCACUUACUUGGUACUAUAAUUACAGACACAUUUAGCACACUGAAUUAAUAUCUUGCAUCUUGUAGGGGGUCCAUUUAAGGAUGAAUAGUCAAGUUGUGCAGUUCAUGAAUAUUCUUUGCUUGGACUGGUUAAAGUCUUUUUUAGGGUGGUUUCUUGCAGCUGUAUUAGAACAGUUAAGCUUCUGUUUAUAGAAAUAUGUUGUAAUACAGCCUAUGUUUCAAGCUGUUGAAAGGUUCUUCAUGUAGGGAUAACACCAGUUUCAUGGCAUUGUUACUGUAGCAUUAGUCGGCAUGUGCCCUGUAUAUAUAAAGGCAGAACUACUGAUGGAACUCGUCAUUUCUUCUUAUCUCUUCAAAACUGUAAUUCAGUUUGUUACCUUUUUCCAUUCACAAGUAGUUUGUUGGUCAUUAUGGCCUAUUUUCCACUCACCAAUUAUUAAAAAAAAAUUUCUGUUCUUUCAGGCUAAAAGGAAGUAGUUAUAAGAAAUGAUUAUUUGAAAUAACAAUAUAGGGAUAAAUUCAAGCACCAAAAGGGAAGCUGGCAAGGUUUAAAAUGGCCCACAAGGGCAGAUAGCCUACGUAUUUACCUAUGAACCUAUAAAAGAAAUGUAUGCGUAAUGACCACACCCCUACCUCCGAAUAGUUACUUUUUGUCUUGAGGGCAUUGCAUGACUUUGGUAAAUGGACACUUCAAACGAUGUACAAAACUGUAAAAGUGAGAUGGCUUCAGGUUGUGAAAGCUGUUCUUUUGCAUACAUACAUGCAGACACACAUACAGACAACGUUAUGCAAGUUAGGAAGACAGACAAGGAAAAAGAACACAAGAAAAAAAAAAGUAAAAAAAAGUCAGUAUAAUCUAAUGAUUGUCGCUAAAGGUUGAAGAAAGAAAACCGAGAAGUUUCAUCCACUUCGCAUUUCAACAGUAAUACACUUUGAAGGCUUCCACUAUGGUAAAAUUGAACCCUUUAGGAAAACAUUAUGAAGAACUCCCACCUGCAUCACUUACAGUGUUAUUUAGUUAAAAGAAAAAUAAAUCAUUCUUUUUUACCACUGAAGAUCUCUGGUCACCCUUAAACUUGUAAAGAUGGUCAUAUUUAACUUUUUUUUUUUUUGCCCAUGGAAUUAAUUUUGAUUUUGAUUUAUUUAAAAAGAAACCACUGGGGAUAUUGCAUAAUUAGUCACAAAAUGCCUCACAAGUUUCAAAAUGGUGACAGAACAGUGCCCAGCAACGAAACCACCUCCAGCAAGAACUUCAUUUUUGCAUGGGCAGGCACUGCUGCAGGCAUGGAGUGCUGCCAUACUUUGUUUCUUAAACCCUACUGCAAAGUCAUGUAAAGAACCUGUGAUGGCUUUUUAAAAUGUUAUGGACACAAGCCAUAGACUAAUUAUUGUAAUCCUGACAGUUUGACCAACAGUAUGUCUCCAGGAAUGUUUUUUUUUCAUCCCAGAACAGCCACAGAUUCUUAAAGUAUAUACUUCAGGCUGCACUUGGGACAUUAAUUUGACAUCAGCAAAGAUUCGGAAUUAUGGGUCACCAAAGAAAUGCUUGACCAGGUGCCUUCGGAAAAACACAAAGAAGUAAUAUAUGUUAAAUACAUUUGCCGUGUGUGUGUGUGUGGGGGGGGGGGUCAUGCUUGCUUUUUGUAGGAAAGAAAUAAGUAGGUGGUUAACUUACCAAGCAGGCAAAACUGUCUGGCAGACUCAACAUGCAAGUCACUAACUUUAUCUGUAGAGUGACAGCAGGAGAGAAUGUUUUCUCUACAUAUAACAACUAUAUGAGGAACUCUCCCGAUAGAUUUUUGAUUCAGAAGUGAUUGCUUAGUUCCUAAAAGUUUCUCCUGCUUAUCGUUAAGAUCAAGCCAGGAAGACAAAAGUCUGCUGCUUCUCUUAACUUAGGAUAUGUGAUAUGCUUAUUUACCAUUCCCCGACAUGAGUAUACAGACUCUAACAAUAUAAAAAAACGCCAAACGGCUUAGAAGUGCUCCUCUUAAAAUAAAAAACUUUUAAUUAAAAGACAUAUCCAUAAGUGCUUUCAUCUUAUAUUCAGGUAAAACUUCUUUAUAUAAAGCCGGAUUCAAAAAAUACCUCUUAAAUAAACUUUAUAGUCACAUGAUAGAUAAUUGGUAUUUAAAGACCCACACCUACAUUAACCUAAAAAAAUGAACAUUUUAAAACCCUAAUAAAUACACAUCAGCAUAGUUUUAUUAAAACAACAAUGUAAUAGGAUAUAAUACAAGUAAAAAGUUAAACUUUCAACCCCUAAAACCUAUCAUCUAAAAGAUUUUUAACAACUUACUAUCUAUUGAAUGAUUUUAGUUUUAAAAUUAGGACUAUUGAUAUGUGUUCAUUAAGACCUAGCCAGUUAUGUGCAUUCCAAAAUAUUUGCCAAAAUAAUUCUCUUUUCUCUAAAGUAAUUGGCCAAGGGCCUCCUCGUACAUUCUUCAUAAACUUUUCCAAAACAUUAAACUUAAAUGAGUGUCCUGUGUACUCCUUGAAGUGCUUAAAAACAGUGUUAUUGUGUUUUUCCUUCUUAAUUUCAUAUGUAUGCUCAUACAUACAAUCACAAAGGCUGUGUUCAGUUUUCUCAAUAUAGAAACCUUUGCAUGACUGGCACAACACCACAAACACCAUUCCAGCGCUAUCACAAUUGUGCUUCCCUUUAAUUUUAAAUGUCCUUCCAUUGAUAAUUAUGUGUUCACCUGUUACAGUCAACUUACAAAAAUUAUAUGUCCCACAUUUAUUCAUUGAUGACUCUCUAUAAUUUAGGAUAGUCCUAAGCUCGAACAUGAUUUUAAAGUUCAUUACACCUCUUGUACAGUGUAAUGGAUGCAUUCCCCACCCUCUCACAAACAGUUCUAUUUUCUUGCAUGACAGUCCAAUUCUUAUUCAAGAUCUAUUUAAUCAAACCACUUUCUAAAUUGAAGGCCGUAAUAAAAGAGCUGCUUGUAGCCACGUUGUGUAUGUGCCUGCAGUGAUUUAGAAUCUUCUGAAAAGACAUUGUUCUUAUUCAUUCUACUGUUUAACAGUGGUAAAAAAUGCCGACUGUUCAUUUUAUUAGUGACCUCAACUAUAAUUUCUUCCACUAACCUUUUGGGUAGCCUCUUUUAAGCAACAUACCUUUUAAAACCACACAUUCUUCCUGGAACCUUUGAUCAAGGGUAAUCAUAUGUGCCGCUCUGACUAUUUGCCCUUUAAUAACUGCCUUGUUAUGAGAAGAGGGAUGGGAGCUCAAAAAAUGGCGCAGGGUGUUUGGGUAUGUGGGUUUCCUGUAGAUACGGGAGAUAUACAUCCCGUUAUCAACAUCUUUCUCCAAAAAAAUCCAGAUAAGUAAUACUUAACUCACCAAUAUUGUGAGUAGAUGCCAAAAUUUCGGUGAUACCAGUGAUCUAAUCCAAUGUAAUCCAAAAAAAAAUGUUUAAUCUCAUCUUUGCUACCCUGCCAUAAGAUGAAAAUGGCAUCUAAAUACAUAAAUAUUUAUUAGGGUUUUUAAAUGUUCAUAUUUUUUUAUGUUAAUGUAGGUAUGGGUCUUUAAGUACUGAUUAUCUGUCAUGUGACUAUAAAUGUUAUUUAAGUGGUAUUUUUUGAAUCUGGCUUUAUCUGAAGAAGUUUUAUCUAAUUGUAAGAUGAAAACACUUAUGGACACAUCAUUUAAUUAAAAGUUUUUAUAUUUUAAGAGGAGCACUUCUAAGCCAUUUGGCAUUUUUUUGUUUUUUGAUAUAAUUCACCAUGCCCUGUGAUUCAAAAUAUGCUACUCCAUAUCAUAAGGUUCUUGCUAAAAUUGAUCCUUGUAAAAGGCACUAAAUUCCUGUUCAUGCUUUUUCUUCUAUAGCUGAUUAUGCUAUCCUUCUCUGUAUGACAGUAUUGCCACAGCAGCAAGGGUCAAUACUACACUUAGACAACAGGAAAGUUAACCUUCUUACUUGGAAAAUCUAAUAUGAUUUCUAAACAGCUCGUCAUUCUGUUUGUAGUUCACAUCCUAAAAGAUAUUGGGAGCCUGAUAAAGUGAGAAUGGUUCCAUUUUGGGGCAGUUGGACAGUCUGUAGGCCUCUUCUGUCCAGUUUGACAACUUUCAGAUUAUUUGGAACUUUAUGAAAGACUUGUCUUACUUUAUGCAAGUUCUGUUUGCACUCUCAUCACAACUCAGAUUUUCAGCGCACCUAAAGUAAAAACCUUCAUAAAACAGUCCUACUUUUUUUGCUGCCUUACCAUGCUAUUUGCAUAGUUUGGAAGUUAAAACAGAAAAGAUGACAUUACCACCCUUUGAAUCCACUUGUUCUCAGUGGACUUAAUUUUUCUUCUGGAAGACAGGCUUUUAGUAGCAAUUACCUCUCCUAGAAAGAUGUAUGAAUUGCAGACAUUGACAUGCAUCAAACCCUGCAGUCUUUCACAGGGAUAAGGUGGUUCUGGGAACCAUUUGUUUUCCUUGAUGAAAAUUGUUUCAGCAGUCUUCCUGAAGCAAGGUCUGCACAUCUCAGAUUUCUUCCUAAAACAAGAGAACAAAGGGGAAGGACUGCUGCACAUCUUGUGCGUGCAUAGACAAGUCUAUGGAAAGAACCACACACAUUAGAAAAUCUGACAAAGCUGUUUGUUUCCUUGACGAAGGACAAUCAAAAUGUAUGUAAUAACAUGCAAACCUUAUCUGAGUAGCUUGCCCAUUAAAUUACUUAAUUAUGAGACCUACAGCAUUGCAGUGAAGGACAGCAUCAAGGCAAGGUCUACGACUGCUACCAGAUGUGGUAUAUUUCAGCAAAUCACAUUUUAAUAAACUAAUACUCUACAAGCCUAUUAAAUGGAUUCAAGCCUGCACUGGUCUUUUGUGUAGAGAAGAAGUCCACAACUCCUCCUGAUUCAGGAGGCGUCCAUCCCAGCACCUCCUUAACAAAUAUUAUCUAAUCAGUUGAAUGGUUGCACAACCUCAGAAAAAAAGGCAAAUAUGUAUCAUGAAUAAACAUAUCCUUCUGCCAUCCACUUCUACAUAUCUGAAGAAUAAGCUAAUUUGCAGGGGAUCUGUGAAACUGCAACCUGGCCAGGUGUCCACCUAUUCUGUAAAUUUACAAGCUACUAAUUAAUGUCCAACAGCUGAAUGGUUUGGCAGGCACUAUUUUAGAGGAUUAUGUAUUUGCUGUCUUCAUUCGCAGAUUACUCUAACAAACUAUUUGGGUUCUACCUAGACAGUAUAAGACUGUUGGAAGUGUUUUUUUUUCCCUAAAGAAAUGCAGUUAGUAUAGCUUAGUACUUGUCAUGAGAAGUCUACUUGCUAAAAUAAGUCUUUAAGAGGAAAGAUAACUUGAGAUUUUUAAAACAGUACAUCCCACUGCUAACUGUCCAUGUUUUUGAGUCUUUGUAGAAAAUUGUGUGUAUUGCUGUUGCUAGAAGAAUUGAAGAAAAUAUACAGCAGAGCUGAUUUUAUAUUAGGCAAGUGCAAACUGAAGCUAGAAGUGUAAUAAUGCAUGAGUUAUACCGUUAUGCAGCUUGAAAACUGGUUUAGAGAAUAGAAAGUCAUCAGCUGUAGUUUUGCUGUACGAGUCCCUCCAAUAAGGAUUUACUUUUGUGGUAAGGGCAUUAUGUUGCACUAUUCAGCUACACUUUUAAAAGUUAGACAUGUCUCUGUAACAUUGCAUCAAGUAAUCAUUUUGUACAUGUUGUGAAGAUAAUGCCAGUGAAGUUUUCCUUUGAUCUUGUCGGCAGCAGUGUUGAAUGACCUCUGUUAGUAUCUGUAGUUCUAAGAGGGAAACAUGAGCACCUCAAAGUUAGAACUAAACCAAACAUGAGCACAUCAAAGUUAGAACUAAACCAUAGUGUGAAGUAUUGCAGUUGGAUUUUGUGCAGACGUUUACACAGAUUGAUUUUUAAAGAGUUUACAUCAGUAUUGGUGCCCUUUGGCAUCAUCUUCCUCUGGUUGGGGAUGGGGGAGGUCAAGUUGAAAUAAUAUGAAACAUAGUUAUGGAAUGGUAAAUAUUGUAAAGUGUGUUGAGCUGACUUACAAGAGGCUUACUGCGGUUAAUGUGUAUAUGUCACUUUUAAGAGCUGAGGUAUGUAUCUGCAGAACUAGAUUUAAAUAUCACUUUCAUAAGUAUGAGCACAUUAAUUUAGAAUCCCUGCGCUUUUAUGGUUGCUAAAACAAUCCAUAGUCUUAGUUCUUUAUUGUGAAUUAAAGUUAAAGAAAACACAAAACAGAAAUAUAAUAAUAAUAACAUGGGUUUUAAAAUGUUACACAUUACUACUGUGCAGACCUGUUCUGAUUCCAGCUACAAACCAUUAGUGUUUUUAGUAGAUUUCAUAGUUUACUUGCAAGUUAAGUAAAAUUGGAGAGUCCAAAAAAAGCCUGAGCACUGAGUCCGCAAUACAUCCAAGAAAAAACAAAAUCCAGCAGUCAGUUGUACAGUCAGAGUAGUUGUACAGUCAGAGUAAUACUAAAUGCUAAGUUAAGUUUUGUAGGUACCCUAAUGCAUUUUGCAUCCCUGUUAUACAGAACACACAGCUGAGACAAAAGAGGGAAAAUAGAUAAAAAUGUUUAUAAAAAUAAUCUGACAUUAGUUGAGAAUGUUGAUGUGAAAAAGGAUGGGUAGUACAAAUUGAUUGGCUUGCUUUUAUUACAAAUAAAAAGAAUGUCUAUCCCAUGUAGCAUACCAGCCGACAUACCCCCUUCUUUCAUCAAAUGUAUAUUAAAUGCGGUUGUAAAUAGUUAUUUGUUUUAAACUGGAGGCAGUAUAGCUUCACUAAACCAAAGCACCUUUGAGUGAGAAAGUAGUGGCACACUGUAAGUAGAUCAGAUUGCUAGGCUUGUUGUCAUUUAAGCAGUAAAUGCAAGGAAGUCUUGCAGUAAGGAGCACUUCUGCACUAUCUUAACUGCUUUGAGCUAGUUAAAACGUGAUGGACAAUCAGAGGAGGAAAAUGUAGGUUUAAACAAGGUUGAAAAAUGUGUUUCUUUUGUGGGGAGGAUGCUCCACCUUCUAUCCUUGCUCAGUAGUUGUUUUUCUGGUGCCAAAUUUAAUUUUCCAAAAGUUUCUUUAUAACUUAAUCCCAUGUAUUACCAUUUAGAAGUAGGAAUCUGUUUGGGAGUGUCUGUAAACCAGAAAGCAAGAUGUGGUAUUUUAGAAUUUCACUGUUCUGGCAUUUGAUGUUUGGAAUUCUUCUCUAAAGUAUUGUAGCUGUAUGGAGGAUGAGGAGGAACUAAUUGCUUGUGACUGUGUACAGAUUCAGCAGCAAAGUACAGUUUAAACUGAAGAUUGUUGUAUUUCUGUACAGCUCGAACAAUGUUCUGCUUAAUAGAUACUUCUAGUAAAUAUGCUGAAAAAAAGUACCACCAUUCUAAAUUCCAGGUAAAUUUUAAAAAUGUGUACCACAGUAUGAUCAAACUCGUAUGCAAGAUUGUUAGCUUAUACUUUGGUAUAUGACUUUAUCACCCUUAGUUUGAUGUUUUAAAGCCUCGUCUCCACAUACAUUUUGUUGAUUUGGAAAAACAAAUUUUUACUUUUAAUUUCAUUAAGUUGUCUGGGUAUAAGUUCUUGAUGUUCUAUGUCAUCUGUGCUAAAGCAGUCUACUAAUACUUAAUGCUAGUGAGGAAAUGACAAGGCUUGCAUGAUAGGGAAGAUCUGUAGAAAGCAGACAGUAUGCAUUAUUUAACAUACAAUGGGCAUGGAUUAUUAAACUAUGUACUUGUAAGCAGCACAUUUAAAAUGUGUGCAUUGCAGUGUGAGAGUUAACCCCUUAGCCUUUGGUGCUAAAUAUGCUAUGAUUUUUUUUGUUAAUGGCCUUUGACCCCUUUUAAGUAUAUGUAAAUUUAUUUUCACUGAAUUUUUGUUUUCCAAUGCAGACACACAUUCAACAGUUAAGGCACAGUUAAGUAGCAGUAUCUGCAAAUGAGAGAAGAUAAUAUGACAGUUCUCUGUGCCAUAUCUCUCAACAUGUGACUAUUAAAAAUCAUAGUAGUGGCCUUUGAGGGUCAUACGAGAGCCAGAAAGAGUAGCACUUUCAUAUUUUUUACACACAAAGAAGUCUACACAUGCUAGACCGCAUACCGUUAGGGAUAAAAAAUAAUUUGCAAAAGUUGAAUUUACAGAAUCAGUAUUUGUUUCAAAACAAAUACUGAUUGCAAAAAUUGUAGUAUUGCAUCAUUAGUCAGAGCAGUCGAGAGGUAUGUUGUGCACUGUUAUUUGGAGAAAUAGGUAAGUAGUAAAUGCUAUGAGAACGGAGUGCUCUCCUUUUAAAAGUAAAGUUAAUAAAUGCCAUCCCAUUCUGUAGUGCACCACCAAGUUAUGUUACUUGUUUUCUUAUAACUUUUUGGUACAUGUGCAGAUUGAAGCUCUUGUCUCAGCAUUUAUAAAGCCAUCACAUAUGACAGUAAGUUUCCAUGUUUCUAAAACAAAGUAGUUUAUUAUGUAAGUCUCAUUAAGGCUGCAAGUCAAAAUUUUAGAGCAUCUCCUCCCCUUCCAAUUCAGUUUUCUGGGUUGUGUAACAUACAUAUAGGAUUCUGUAGUGACAGAUUGUUUUCUCACCCACAAUACAUGAAGUAUCAAAUGUGAAAUUCUUUUAAUAACAGAAAUUUUAAAAAUUCACAUGGUCAGCAAAUCAUGCAUUGGCCCCAAGUAAACAGAGUUAUAGUUACCAAAACACUUGGAUGGUGGUUACUCCUUAUGAACUACUAGAUAGACAUAAACAUUAAUUAUGCCUAAAACAGUGUACCAUAAUUUAUAAACAUUUCUAGUUUCAACUGGUGGUGUACAUUAUAUAGCAUGAAAAUCAUGUUUUAUUCAGUUGUUUUGCUUGUAUGAAGCACUAAUAUGUUUGUAAAGCAUUUUUUAUAUAAAACUGUUCAUAUCUGCAAUGUUUCUGUUUAUAUCUUGAAAAUGUGUUAAAUUAGUUUCCUUGAACGUAGGUGGAAGCAUAAGUAUCUUGGUCUCAAAACUACGCAAAGAGAAUUUAUUUGUGUAAUGUUAUUAUUGGUCUGGGGGGGUUAAAAUAAUUUUGCUAACAAAUUAUGUUAUAUUAUUAUGUUCAAAGCUGCCUCUGAGCAUAGUAUUGACAAUGACACAGCCCAGGGCCUUGCAGGUCUUUGUGGAAGUGAUGUGAUCACUGAGCAAGUCUCUGCUAGGUUUACUGAUACCAUCUCAUCUGAUGCAGUCAGUCCAGACAGAUACAGUAUUACAGUAACAAGCUCUGUUGUGUUUUGUAGGUCAACUUUCCAUAUUUCUAAAGCUUUUUUCCAGACACUGUACUAUCUUUGCAUGUUUGAAAUAAUCACACAGAAUGAACAUUAUGUUUACUAAACUGCAGUGGGCAAAUGCAUCAAUAUUUGUGUAAAAAACUUUUUUAAUUAUACAACUUACUACUUCACCUCAGCUGCAUUUACACUUAAAUGAACUAUGAAUUCUUAAGGAUUUUCUUUAUAUUUACAGCAGUCAUCCUGGUGACUGUGCAUUGUAAUAUCUCAAGGAAAGGCUGCACAAGGCAAGAUGAUCAAUAAACAGGACCUGGACUGGGUUUGCCCCCCACAUUUGCAAUUCAGCCUUACACAAUUUGGUUUCUGGAAGUUGUGAACUGAGGUGCAGUCCAUUUUCUUAAGAGAGUUUCUCCCGUGUCUCACAAAACAGAGGCAGCUACAUAAGGACUGGAACUGUGAUUUUCGUCGAGCAAGUGGGGCGCAGGUCCGUCUGUAAGCCUUGCUCAUAAGUAUUUAAAUCCACUGUCAGUUUUUUUUUGUUUUUUUUACUAAGAGUAAAUAAAUCAUACUUUAAAGACUCAGUAUCAGUGAACUAUAUAGUAGAUAAUAAGAUUAUUUUAAAAAGAGAACUGGGAACCUGAGAGAUCUUUUUUUAAUUAUUAUUUUUUUUCUGUUUUGGGUCAAAUGGAGGGAGCUGGGGAUUUAUUUUUGUUGUGUUUUAAAUGUUGUAAAAGCCCUGCUGUAAAUGUGUAAAGUAUAAUUAUGGUCUGAAUUUUUUUCAGUGUAAACACUAAAAAAAGUUUUAUGAACAGCAAACUCUAUGUAAAAGCAUUUUAGUAUUAAGAUUUUUAUAGGUAACUUGGCUUAUGAAUAAAUAUAUGAAAACUA